CCUCUAUUGUUGAGAUUUAACUUAAUACACGACACCCCGGAACCCCCGGAACGUAACUUGAUGGUCUGUUUUUGACAGUUGAUCUCAAAAGUACUUAUCCUAUUCACAUAACGUCACAAAAGUUCGACACAUGGCCUUUCAGUGUUUCAUAUGAGUUUCAGUUUUUUUUAGAUACACCCAUGCUGUGUUCCUGCCACAAUGAUUCUACCGGUUAACUCUCAUCAGCUCCAUUCAUGAUGCCAACACAAAGCCGCGACACAGAACAAACCAUGAUGACGUGCAGUGCCUUAUUCACCAUCUUAAUUCUCCUCUUCAACAUCUCUGUCUUCCUUUUAUCCAACGGCAAACAGUUUAAUUGGUUUGCACCACGCUCAGGGCAAUAUGAUAAACGUUUUGGUGUGUUCACGGAGGCUGAACGACAACAAAGAUUGGAAGACGUCAGGAGAAUGUUUUAUUACGGUUAUGAUAACUACAUGAACCAUGCAUUUCCAUUGGACGAAUUGGAUCCCAUACACUGCAGAGGUAGGGGACCAGACUACAAUAAUCCCUCAAACUUAAACAUUAAUGAUGUUCUUGGAGGAUACUCACUGACGUUGAUCGACGUUUUAGACACACUUGCAAUAAUCGGUAACAGCAGUGAGUUCAAGCGAGCUGUUAGUCUAGUCAUAGAUAAUGUGACUUUCAACCAGAAUAGCACAGUGCAAGUAUUUGAGUCUACAAUAAGAGUCAUGGGAGGAUUACUAUCUGCCCAUCUAUUAAUCACUGAUCCAUACCAACCCUACGGUGAUCUCUACCCUGAGGAUUACGAUGGUCAAUUGCUUGAUUUAGCUCAUGAUUUGGCUGUCAGGCUACUACCAGCCUUUGAGAAUACAUCCACAUCCAUUCCACAUCCAAGGGUUAAUCUAUGUGAUGGAGUUCCUGAUGAUGGCAUCCAGGAAGCAUGUACUGCAGGAGCAGGAUCCUUGGUUCUUGAGUUUGGUCUCCUGGGUCAGCUAGUGGAUGAUCCAAUGUUUGAGCGAGUUGCUAGAAGAGCCAUGGAUUCGCUGUUUAUCAGACGAUCAAACACAACAGGAUUGCUUGGAAAUGUGAUCAACAUUGAGACGGGGGAAUGGGUGGGAAUUCAGAGUGGCCUAGGAGCAGGAGCUGACUCCUAUUAUGAAUACUUACUGAAGUCUUUCAUAAUGUUUGGUGAAGAACAAGAUUUACAGACGUUCAAUGAGAUUUACAGCAGUGUCAAAAAACACAUGAGGAAAGGGAGAGAAUUCUGUACCAGUGGUGAAGGUCCUGUGCCCAUCUACGUCAACGUUAACAUGAAGGACGGACGCACAAUCAACUCCUGGAUGGAUGCAUUGCAAGCAGCCUUUGCUGGAGUUCAGGUCUUAGCAGGUGAUUUAGAUGAAGCCAUAUGCUCCCAUGCCAUAUAUUACGCCAUCUGGAGGAAGUAUGGAGCAAUUCCUGAGAGAUUUAACUGGCACACCAAGCAACCAGACGUCUUAUUCUAUCCACUACGACCUGAACUUGUAGAAUCUACCUACCUACUAUAUCAGGCUACACGGAAUCCGUUUUAUCUUCACGUUGGAAGCGACAUUCUGGAAAGCUUGGAAAUGUACACAAAAGCGAGCUGUGGCUAUGCAACCCUUCAUAACGUCAUCACAAAAACCAAGGAAGAUCGGAUGGAGAGUUUCUUCCUCAGUGAAACCUGCAAAUAUUUGUUUCUGUUGUUCGACAGUGACAAUCACGUGAAUCGAGCAGCUUCCAAGUACAUCUUUACUACAGAAGGUCAUCUGUUUCCAAUCUCAGGGAAGUAUCGUACUAAGCCCUGGUGGGUGAUGGAUGACGACAAACCAUUAGCAGACAUCAGAGUGCAUGGUGAUUGCUGCAAUCAACUGCCUUAUAAUCAGACUCUAACUGAGUGUGCCUAUGUUUCUAGUGAGAGUAAACUCAAGUUACCACUAGAAGCCGUCUACUUAGAACAGAUAGAUCAACUGGUUGGAUUAUGAUGAAACGCCCUAUGCCAAUGGUUCCUCCUAAUAGCCGUCUUCCUGUGUGAUGUAUCUCCAAGGCCGUGUCUGAAUUGAUUGGCUAUGACUAACAACAACACAUGGGUCUAUGAAAGAGGCUGUAGCCGCUUCUCAUAAACAUUUGUAUUACUUACAGUCAUAGCCACGUAGUUUGGACAUAGCCAUGACACAAAUAUCCUGAGAUGGACAAUGGGGCUCACUGCCUUUAAUGAGCAGGUUUGAGGACAGUUAGUCGACUAGUGGUUGGUUCGUCAUGUAAUUUAUGCCUGUCCACUAAUGUGUGAGCGUUGUUUUUAGUCAGACGCUGGUCCAACAUCAUCACAGGACUAUUUGGAUCUGGCUCGCAUGGCUAUUGAUAAUUGAACUCAACAAACUGACGAAUGGCUUAUUUCAGGUUAUGGUCUUAUAAAAUCAUGAGUUAAUUCUGUCAUUUGAAAAUUGAUGUUAUCCAGAGUGUAUAAUGUCGAUUUAUGAUUCAUGUAUGAAACAUAUCUGCUGUUUUACUGCUUCUAAAGAGGUUUGAUUAUUACUGUAUAUUUUGGUCGAGUACAAAUAUAUUUUUGUGGUGCUAUUUAUCAUCAUGAUCAUAAGAAUAAUUCCAUAUGCAUACACAUGUAUUUACAAAUGUUUAAUUUGGUAAACUGGUCACUGCUUGUAUUUCGUUGAUUUACAUUUAGUAUUAAAGUUGCAAUGAAACUGUCAUGUACUUAUUGUAUACCUGAGUUGUCAAUUUCUGGAGAUUCCUGAAAUCACUUUUAAUGAAAAUAAGUGCAGUUUUUGCCAGAAUUGCUGUCCAUUUUGUAAAAUUCUUAACAGUAUUUAACAAAUUUAUGUUUUAUAAAAACUGAAGAAUCUUCUGAUAUAUUAAUAACUCUGCCUAUCUAUGCCUCAUAUGUUAUGACAUAUUUUCAUGACACAUUGUUUCUAAAGUUACAGUUCUGUAUUUACUUUCUGAAUGCCACUGUGAAACAGUCAUUAACUUGACAUUUCUGUUUUAAUCUUGUAUUUCCAUAUUUUUGUUACAUAUCGGCAUGUUGAUGAUUUAAUAUUUUAAGGUAAAAUAUGACAAAAGACGAGCAAAGAAAGUUGUUUUUGAAUUUAUCAUUUUAAUGCAAAAGACAUAUAUACAUGUACAUGUUUAUGAGAAACAAAAUGACUUGAAAUGGAGGUGCAUCUUGCAUACAAUAAGCAGCAUGUUUUAGUUAUAAUCCAGCUCGCUAUGAUUAUCAGGUGAAUCCAUUUUAUAUUUUAUUUGUUUCAGUUACUGUGUAAUUAACCUAAUCAAUGUUUACUUUUUGGGUUGAGAGUAAAGUAAGGCGGGCUGGUAAUCCACCAAUCAGUUGUUCCCCUGAUGUCCUGCAUUUGAUGUCAGAUGUGGGACAUGUGCCAUGACCCCAGGGUGGGGAUUCUGGUUUCCUGUUGGUUGCACAUGCAAUGGUUUCUUGGGGAUCCGCUCAUAAGUCCGACGCCUCAUAGGUCUGACACCUCAUAAGUCCGAAAUGUCGGACUUAUGAGGCGUCAGACUUAUUAGGCAUCGGACUUACGAGGCAAAACUCUACCUCAUAGGUUCGACGCGGCAUAAGUCCGACGCCUCAUAGCUCCGACACCUUAUAAGUCUGAAACAGCGUUUGUCCAUUGUUGGACCUAUGAGGUGUCAGACUUGUGCGGCGUCGGACCUAUGAGGCGGAAUUCAUUCCUCAUAAGUCCAACAUUUGGGACUUACGAGGCGUCGGACCUAUGAGGCAUCGGACUUAUGAUACGGCCCCGUUUCUUACACUAGUUACAAUGUAUGCACAGAUAGUGGAGCCCUAGGGGUGGGGAUUUGAUCAGUCUGAAAGUGACAAGCCAAUCGUAUGGCUAGCUUUGGAGGAGGGGGGGGGGCCUGACAAUUGAUUGUUGCAUAAUGAAGGUAUACAUUCAUGUAGGGAUUCUAUUGGUGCUUUCACUAAUUAAUUUCAGACAAUAACUUUGAACAGAAGCAAUGUCACAAACUAUCCCAAAAUAUUACAUUUUGAAAACGACUUUCAAUAUGUAUAGCGUCUUCCCAACACCAAGAAUAUGAAAUGAAAGGCACAAGAGGCAAUUAGUUUAAUUCUACAGGUAUGUUCAGCAAUAUGGUAGCUAUGUACAGGUUAAAUUUCUUUAUCCAUUGGUGAACACAUCUUCCAUUUUAUGAGAGUUUUAAUAACACUAUUUAUGAUUUCAUA